AUGAGUGACCCCAGGUCUGUGGUGCCGAUGGGCAAAGAUGAGCCCGCAGGUGAGCAAGGUGCAGCAGGCCCGGAAACCCCGCCGCCCAGCAACGCGAUCAGGCGGCGCUUCACAAUUGAUGAGUUUGAUAUCGGGCCUCCUUUGGGCAAGGGGAAAUUUGGGAAUGUGUACCUGGCUCGCCUCAAGGAAAACCAUUUUACUGUGGCCCUGAAGGUUCUUUUCAAGUCCCACAUAGAGAAGGAAGGACUGGAGCACCAGCUAUGCAGGGAAAUUAAAAUGCACUGGCAUCUACAACAUCCCAAUAUCCUAAGGCUGUACAAUUACUUCCAUGAUGCUCACCGGGUAUACCUGAUCCUGGAAUAUGCUCCAAGGGGUGAGCUCUACACGGAGCUGCAGAAAAACCAGAAAUUCGAUGAGCAGCAAACAGCCACGAUAAUAGAGGACUUGGCAGAUGCCUUGACUUACUGCCAUGACAAGAAAGUGAUUCACAGGGAUAUUAAGCCAGAAAACCUGCUUCUGGGAUUCAGGGGUGAGGUGAAGAUUGCAGAUUUUGGCUGGUCUGUGCACACGCCCUCUUUGAGGAGAAACACAGUGUCUGGAACACUGGACUACCUGCCUCCAGAAAUGAUCGAGGGGAGAACAUAUGAUGCGAAGAUGGAUUUGUGGUGCAUUGGGGUGCUCUGCUAUGAGCUGCUGGUGGGAAAUCCACCCUUUGAGAGCGCCUCCCACGAUGAGACCUACAAACGCAUCCUCAAGGUAGAUGUGAGGUUCCCCCUAUCAAUGCCUUUGGGAGCUCAGGACUUGAUCUCCAAGCUUCUCAGAUACAAUCCUCAGGAGCGGCUGCCCCUGACCGAGAUCCUGAAGCACCCCUGGGUCCGGGCCCAUUCGCGGGGGAUGCUGCCUUUCUGAGCCCUGUUUGCC